AUGGACUUACAGCAGCCGAUUUCUGGGCAAGAGUUCGUCGACACUGUGGAGGACAUGGGUGCUCAGCGCCUAUACGAUAGCUUGACAGACAGAACUUCUUGCAGCCUGCAACUCUUUCAGCAGCUCUGCAUCACGAGCGUGUUCCAGGUGCCGGCACAAGUGGGAUCUAUCCAACAGAUGGAUCCCGUGAGCUUGCCGGGUGGCGGUAACGACGGCUUUGCUGGCGACGACGAAACCGAGGAGCAGCUCAUCUCAAGGGUGGCAAGCAUGCGGCAGGAGAUCCUGAAGGUAUGGCGGAGAGGGGCAGUGUGA